AUGGAAACAUAUAAAGACAUCAAAGAUGAAUUAGAUCAAGCAAGAGGAGAUUACAGGAAGGCAGCGGAGAAGUUGGAGAAGUUCAAAAAAGGGGAGAAAAAACAAAAAAGAUUAGUGGGGUUGGAAGAGAAGUUGGAUGAUGAAAAAUACAGGAACAAAGAGCAGAAGGAAAG